ACGUUGCCGACGUAACGUCUCACGUCAGACGCUGCUAAUCGAGCCGGAGCGUGUUGUGUCGAUGUCGCCCGCUGCUGUCCCGUCCAUUUGCUAACGCACCGGGACCAAACUUCAAGCCCCUCAAACAUGUUUCUGUCCGCCGCUGUUCGCUCUGCAGUGUCGCAGACGGCCAGGCAGGUCAGGAAUCUGCAUCGGUCGGUUGCACGCACCGGAGCUGGCGGCAUCUUUGUGCACAGAGAUACUCCUGACAACAACCCUGAGACUCCUUUUGAGUUCACUGAGGUGAACAAAAAGAGGAUUGAGGCCAUCAUAUCAAUGUACCCUGUUGGACACAAGCAAGCAGCCACCAUCCCAGUGUUGGAUUUAGCCCAGAGGCAACAUGGAUGGCUCCCUAUCUCCGCCAUGAACAAGGUCGCUGAGGUGCUGGAAAUCGCUCCAAUGAGAGUGUAUGAAGUAGCCACGUUCUAUACAAUGUUCUUGCGUCAGCCCGUGGGAAAAUACUUCAUUCAGAUCUGCACAACAACACCCUGCAUGCUCUGCAACUCAGACAGCAUCCUGGAGGCCAUCCAAAACAAACUGGGUAUCAAGGUUGGAGAGACGACUGCAGACAAGAUGUUCACGCUAAUAGAAGUGGAAUGCCUGGGCGCCUGCGUGAAUGCUCCAAUGGUCCAGAUCAAUGACAACUAUUAUGAGGACCUCUCUCCUAAAGACAUUGAGGACAUUAUUGAUGAACUUAAAGCCGGCCGAGUUCCACCACCGGGGCCCAGGAACGGGCGUUUUUCAUGUGAGCCGGCGGGUGGAUUGACUUCUCUGACGGAGCCUCCUAAAGGACCCGGCUUCGGCGUGAGAGCGGACCUGUAGACGGCCGCCCUCAGCCACUAUUUUCAAACACAACUUGUCCCUAAAGAUGAUAUAUUAUGUUAAACUCAAACAUAUUGUGUAAAUAAAUUGUUCGUGUACCUCUGC